AUGGAUACUUCACGGAAUAUCUAUAAAAAUGAUGUGGACUUUGCUGCGCUCGCGCUUCAGUAUCCAGAUUUUGCCAAACACCUGAAGCAGAAUAAUCAACUCGAUUUCUCCAAUCCGGACGCCGUCCAACAACUGACGAAGAGCCUCCUGAAAAGAGAUUUUGGCUUGAAUGUCGACCUGCCUGACGAUCGACUCUGCCCCGCUGUUCCUAAUCGCCUCAAUUACAUCCUCUGGCUUCAAGAUCUCAUCGAUUUUACGACCGAAAACUAUUCUGACGUCUACGAUCAGGAAAGGGUUGUUUAUGGGCUCGACAUAGGAACCGGUGCUAGUUGCAUCUAUCCGCUUCUUGGAUGUGCCCUAAGGCCAAGAUGGAGAUUUGCAGCUACGGAUAUCGAUUCAAAAAAUCUCAAAUAUGCGCGGGAUAAUGUGAAGAAGAACGAGCUUGACUCCCGUAUUCACGUUAUUGAAACUACUAGCUCCUGCCCACUGAUUCCAUUUCAGGAUAUCAAUAUCCCUCAAGCGAGGAGUCGACUGGACUUCACCAUGUGCAAUCCACCAUUCUAUGAAUCUCGCGAGGAACUGAUAUCGGCUGCUAGGGCGAAGCAAAGGCCUCCUUUCUCAGCAUGCACUGGUGCGGAGGUAGAAAUGAUUACAACAGGCGGGGAAGUCGAGUUCGUCACCCGCCUGAUUAAGGAAAGCAUGCAACUCCGUGACCGUGUACAGUGGUACACCUCUAUGGUAGGGAAAUUCAGCAGUGUCGCUACGCUUGUUAACACCUUGCAUGACGAAGGGAAUAAGAAUUGGGCCAUCGCGGAAUUCGUCCAGGGAACGAAGACAAGAAGAUGGGGAAUCGGGUGGUCUUGGAUGGAUUACCGACCUUCGACGGAUAUUGCAAGACCCCGCGGCCAAAGUAUCCCCAAACACCUCCUCCCCUUUCCAUCCGAAUUCACAAUCUGCUGCCCACCGUCUACUUCACUAUCCCGCACCAUCGAAAAAAUCAACUCUGCCCUCACGGUGCUCGACAUGUCCUGGAACUGGAACACCAAAACUUCUACAGGCCUCGGCUUCGCGAUGGGAAAUGUCUGGUCUAGACAUGCACGCCGGCAGAAAGAGAAAGAACAAGCUGUGGAAGUUGGGACGGCCCCGCGCACAGGUUCUGAGAAUACUGCUGAUACCACCAGGUAUCAUGAAGGUGAGGGCGGGCAGGGAACGGGUGACACACACGGUGAUUUUAUUCCUGGUGAUCAAGAUAAGGGGGCUAAGAUUGGACUUAAAGUGUCAAUGCGCAGGACGAUGAAAGGGGAGAUUAAUGUGGUGGUGCGAUGGGUGAAGGGGUUUGAUUCAGUGGUUUUCGAGAGCUUUUGCGGGUUUUUGAAGAGGAAGGUUGAGGGGAGGUGA